UAAAUCAAACCUGACAAAACCAUUCAUGUAAUAAAACUGAAAUAACACAGCAUCUUUAAAUCUAUGAGAGAAUACCUGCUUUAGAAAAGCAUCUUAACUUUUAUUGAAUUUCCUGGAUAUUUUGCUGGGACAAAUGGAGAGUUGUGGGGAGAUUCCUGAUUGUAAAAUGUUCAGAAAUUUUGUAUCUCUGCUUUUGACUAUUUUCAAAUGUUUCAAAUGAAGAACAUAUAAAGAACUUCACUAAAUAUAUGAACCUAUGUUUAAUUUAAAACAUGAGUGAGAAUUUAGCAUGCACUUUUCAUUCAUUCUUAUCAGUGAAUUCUGGACCGGGGCCAUAUUCAUCAUCUAUAAAAUGCCAUGCUUUGUAGAAAAUGUGAACAUGCAGAAAGUGUUCAUAUUAUCAUCACCUUAUUCUUUCAAAUGGAUUUUAGAAUUUUUAAAAUGUUAUUUUCACAUAUCCUUGGGCAUUUAAAAAGUCUACAUGAAUAAAAAUUAUACUUUUUCCUGUUCCCUUGAUCACCGCUUGUUCUAUUUCAUAUCUUUUAGAUUGUAAGCCUAACAGCAGGGGCUCUGUACUAUUUUCAAUGCAAAAGCAUAAUAAUGUUUUAAACAAAGAAAGCAGCAGUGAUUUGAUCCAAGCAUAAGAAAUCCAGUACAUAUGGUUUGUGAUGCUACUUGGGAGGUAAAAGAUUGCUAGUUUUCAUACAGUGAUACUGUAUGUAAUCUUUCUUCAGGUUAUCUGGUAUUCAUUUUUUUCUUCUCUCUUUCUCCUUUAGGAAAUAAUAAAGUUAUUGCCCUUCCAUAGGAUAUUCCUGGAUAGACUGGAAGAAAAUGAAGCUAUAGACCAAGAUCUCCAAGCCUAUAUAUUACACCGAAUACAGAGCAGCUCGGAAAUACAAAAUAACAUCUCUCUUAAUGGCAAAAUGGACAAUACAACCUUUGGGAAACUCAGUUCUCAUCUCAAAACCCUGAGUCAAGGAUCAUACCUAUACCUUAAGCUUACAUUUGAUCUAAUUGAGAAGGGCUAUUUGGUAUUAAAAAGCUCCAGUUAUAAGGUAGUGCCUGUCUCCCUUUCGGAAGUAUAUCUACUGCAGUGCAAUAUGAAGUUCCCAACACAGUCUUCCUUUGACCGGGUAAUGCCUCUUUUGAAUGUGGCAGUGGCAUCUCUACAUCCUUUGACAGAUGAGCAUAUUUUUCAGGCUAUCAAUGCUGGGAGUGUUGAAGGUACUUUAGAAUGGGAGGACUUUCAGCAAAGAAUGGAAAACCUUUCUAUGUUUCUUAUCAGACGCAGAGAUAUGACCCGCAUGUUUGUACAUCCUUCAUUUCGAGAAUGGUUGAUUUGGAGGGAAGAAGGAGAAAAGAUCAAGUUUCUUUGUGAUCCUAGGAGCGGUCAUACUUUACUUGCCUUUUGGUUUUCCCGUCAAGACGGAAAACUCAACAGGCAGCAGACAAUUGAGUUGGGCCAUCAUAUUCUCAAAGCACACAUCUUCAAGGGGCUUAGUAAAAAAGUUGGUGUCUCUUCCUCAAUUCUUCAAGGGCUUUGGAUUUCUUAUAGCUCAGAAGGUCUUUCCAUGGCACUGGCCUCUCUACGCAAUUUGUAUACACCCAAUAUAAAGGUCAGUCGUCUGCUGAUCUUAGGAGGUGCCAACAUCAAUUACAGGACUGAAGUGCUAAACAACGCCCCAAUUUUAUGUGUCCAGUCUCACCUUGGUUACUCUGAGAUGGUAGCCUUGCUGUUGGAGUUUGGAGCAAAUGUUGAUGCCUCUUCUGAAAGUGGUUUAACAUCUCUUGGUUAUGCUGCUGCUGCUGGCUAUUUAAGCAUUGUGGCACUUUUAUGCAAGAAGAGAGCCAAGGUGGAUCACUUGGACAAGAAUGGUCAGUGUGCAUUGGUACAUGCGGCUCUUAGAGGUCACCUGGAGGUUGUCAAAUUUUUGAUUCAGUGUGACUGGACAAUGGCUGGACAGCUACAAGGAGUGUUCAAAAAAAGCCAGGCCAUCCAACAAGCACUCAUUGCUGCUGCUAGCAUGGGAUAUACUGAGAUCGUGUCCUACCUACUUGAUCUCCCAGAAAAAGAUGAAGAGGAGGUGGAGCGAGCACAAAUCAACAGUUUUGACAGCCUUUGGGGAGAGACAGCUCUAACUGCUGCAGCAGGAAGAGGCAAGUUGGAUGUUUGUCGUCUGCUUCUAGAGCAAGGAGCAGCUGUAGCCCAGCCCAACCGACGAGGGAUUGUUCCUUUAUUCAGUGCCGUUAGGCAAGGCCAUUGGCAGAUUGUCGACCUCUUGCUCACCCAUGGUGCAGAUGUUAAUAUGGCAGAUAAACAAGGUCGGACUCCUCUAAUGAUGGCAGCUUCAGAGGGGCAUUUGGGCACUGUGGAGUUCUUACUGGGACAAGGCUCCUCAAUUUCCUUAAUGGACAAAGAAGGACUAACUGCUCUUAGCUGGGCUUGCUUAAAAGGCCAUCUUUCAGUAGUGCGAGCUUUGGUAGAGAGUGGAGCUGCUACAGAUCAUGCUGACAAAAAUGGACGUACUCCAUUGGAUUUAGCAGCUUUUUAUGGAGAUGCAGAGGUGGUUCAGUUCCUGGUGGAUCAUGGUGCCAUGAUUGAGCAUGUGGAUUACAGUGGGAUGCGCCCCCUUGAUAGGGCAGUGGGCUGCCGCAAUACCUCUGUUGUAGUUACUCUCUUGAAGAAAGGAGCCAAGAUAGGUCCAGCAACAUGGGCAAUGGCCACUUCCAAACCAGACAUCAUGGUCAUCCUGUUGAGCAAGUUGAUGGAGGAGGGAGACAUGUUUUACAAGAAAGGGAAAGUGAAAGAAGCUGCCCAACGAUAUCAGUAUGCUUUGAAGAAAUUCCCCCGAGAAGGGUUUGGAGAGGAUCUAAAAACUUUUCGGGAACUGAAGGUGUCACUCCUUCUCAACUUAUCACGCUGUCGGAGGAAAAUGAAUGAUUUUGGAAUGGCGGAGGAAUUUGCUACUAAAGCACUGGAGCUGAAACCGAAAUCUUAUGAAGCUUACUAUGCAAGAGCAAGGGCCAAACGCAGCAGCAGGCAGUUUUCAGCAGCACUGGAGGAUUUGAAUGAGGCCAUCAAACUUUGUCCGAACAACCGUGAAAUCCAGCGGCUCCUUAUGCGGGUAGAAGAAGAGUGCAGACAGACACAGGUGCAACUACAACAACAACCCCUUGCACCAUCUGAAUCAGAAACACAGCAAGAAGAAUUGUAUGCAGUACAAGAUAUCUUGGAAGAAGAAUAUCUUGAACAAGAUGUAGAAAACAUUUCUGUUGGCUUGCAGACAGAGUCACGACCUAGCCCAACAUUGCCCAUUAUCCAAAGUCCACCAUCUUCCCCUGCCCACCGGGAUUCUGCCUACAUCUCCAAUUCACCACUUGGUUCACAUCAGGUCUUUGACUUCAGAUCAAAUAAUUCUGUAGGAUCACCAACAAGGCAAGGAUAUCAAUCCACCUCACCAGCACUUUCUCCAACGCACCAGAAUUCUCAUUAUAGGCCUAGUCCACCACACACAUCUCCUGCUCACCAGCCCUCCUCUUACCAUUUUAGUCCACCGCCAAUUGGUAGCCAAGGGAAAGAUUAUCAAAGCCCACCUCCUUCACCCCUUCGUAGAGGCCCUCAGUAUCGAGCCAGCCCUCCUGCAGAUAGUGUGAGUGUCUACAGAGCUCAGUCUGGUUCACCAAUACGAUACCAGCAAGAAACCAGCAUCACUCAACUUCCUAGUCGACCUAAAUCUCCACUUUCUAAAAUGACACAGAGAUCUUUCCAGAUGCUUCCACUACCUGUUGCAGUUCCACAGCAAGGACUUAGGUUGCAGCCUGCCAAGGCACAGAUUGUCAGAAGCAACCAGCCAAGUUCAGCUGGGCAUUGUAGUACUGUAAUCCCAACAGGAAUUUAUGGCCAAGUAUCCCAUUCUGUGGCCAGCAAGUUUCAGUCUUCAUUAGCAGAAAUGACUGGGGGCCAAAAUCGGUUGGUGUAUCAGACCUCUAUUGGGGGAAUAGUGGGAGAUGGGCGACCUGUGCAGCAUGUUCAAGCCAGUCUGAGUGCAGGGGCAAUCUGUCAGCAUGGAGGGCUGACUAAAGAGGAUCUUCCACAAAGACCUUCCUCUGCUUAUCGUGGUGGGAUGAGAUAUAGUCAAACCCCACAGAUUGGGCGGAGUCAGUCAGCUUCCUACUAUCCAGUCUGUCAUGCAAAGCUUGAUUUGGAACGUUCCUCUCUACCCUCUAGUCAGCUUGGUUCUCCUGACAUUUCCCAUUUGAUACGAAGACCCAUUACAUUAAAUUCCAAUGAAAUAAAACCUCAUCCACCAACUCCAAGACCUCUGCUUCAUUCUCAAAGCGUUGGUCUCAGAUUUUCUCCAUCUAGCAAUAGCAUUUCCUCUACUCCCAAUUUGACUCCCCCAUUCCGCCCUUCUGCUUCUGUUCAGCAAAUGGAGAUUCCGCUUAAGCCAGCAUAUGACAGAUCAUGUGAUGAGCUUUCCCCAGUAUCUCCAACCCAAGGUGGUUAUCCUAGUGAACCUGCUCGUUCCAGGACAACACCUUUCAUGGGAAUCAUAGAUAAAACAGCCCGGACUCAGCAGUAUCCUCACCUACAUCAACAAAGCAGAACCUGGGCUGUAUCUUCAGUGGAUACUGUUAUAAGCCCUACAUCUCCUGGAAAUCUUCCUCAGCCAGAAACAUUCAGUCCACCUUCUUCAGUCAGCAGCCUUGCCUUUUAUAACAAAACUAACAAUGCACAGAAUGGCCACUUGUUGGAGGAUGACUAUUACAGUCCACAUGGAAUUUUGGCCAAUGGCUCCAGAGGAGAUCUUCUAGAAAGAGUUAGCCAAACUUCUUCAUAUCCUGAUGUUAAGGUGGCCAGGACACUGCCUGUUGCACAGGCAUAUCAGGACAACCUCUAUAGGCAACUUUCCAGAGACUCCAGGCAAGGGCAGACAUCCCCAAUCAAACCAAAGAGACCAUUUGUGGAGUCUAAUGUUUAAAAUGGAUGUAUUUUGGAGUAAGAGCCUUUUAUUUUUUGGCACAUUUUUCCUAGCUGAAUUCACAUCUUACGUUGCUGUUUUUUCUUCCUUUCUAAGAUUUUUAUUCAGUAGCAGACUACCACCCAGGGGAUAUCCUGUGUUUUCUGUAUGAUAAUGAGGCAGUCCAAGACAUGCUCCAAAUUCUUUUCUAUACACAGCUGACCUCAGAGAAAGCCAGCACCAUACAAUUUUCAGCUGCCAAUUAGUUAAUUAAAUGUAUAGUAUGGGGGCUGAGUCAAAUUCUGUACACACUCAAGGGAAGUAACCAGCUCUUUGAAGAAAAGUUUUAAUUUCAAAACUGAAUUGAUUGAAAUACAGUCUGGCCAUUUUUUUUCUACUGACUUUUAUUUCUGCUGGGAAACUACACUUUUCAGUUCCUGUAGAUCAUUAUGUCCAAAGAACUAUUAACCUGUGAGAAUGGGGGUCUUUGUUUUUAGUAUUAACAAAGAACUAUGCAUAAAACCCAGUCUACUUUCUAAUAGGGUUGCAUUUUUUUUAAAAAAAUCACAUUAUUAUUUAUUCUUAACAUUUUCCCAUAUCCUUCUGUUGGUACUAGCUUUGAAAAACAAUGAGCUACUUUUUCCAAGGCAUUUGAACAAAUAUUCAGGUAGAAAUUAAAGUUCUCUCCACUUCAGCCCAACAGUCAGUGCUGAUUUCAUUCUGUAUCUUAGAUAUCCAGCCUAUUUUCUAGUGCACUUGUCUUCCUGUUGGAACAAAUCACAUUGUAGAGAUGUUGAUAAUCAGUAAAAUUAUUUUUUUAAAAAAAUUAACCAAAUGCUUUAAAUCAUUGGUUCUCCAGAUACUGGAUUAUAUUUCACAUCAUCUCUAACCAUUGCCUAUGUUACCCGGGGGGGGGGGGUGGAGUACUGUCUGGGUAUCUAAAAUUAGAAAACUCUACUUUGAAUCAUGAAGGAGGAACUGACUGAAUGGUAGUUUUAAUUUCCCCGACCUAGAUUUAGCACUGGUACUCUCUCACAAGGCUUCCUGGAUUACAGAUGGGCACUCUUUCAUGCAUUUGAAGUUAAAUGCUUAGAACAAGUGUACUUUUUUUCUCUAGUUUUGGCAUAAUAUAAUUUAGAAUAUUUUGCAGUAAUUUGUUAUUGAGUUAUAUGAUUUGGUUUUAGAAGUUGGACUGCUUUUCCAAUCCAAAUGAAAAAGGUUGAGCGAUUAAUAAUUUCUGCAAGCUAAUGAAGCCAGUGAUCUCAAAGGAGAAAAUAAUAAUGUAGCACACACUUGAUGCAAAUAUUCUCAAUCCAUAGCAUUUCCAGAAAGCACUUUAAAUUAGUUCACAAAAGCUAAUUUUGUGAGUUGAGAAGUGCCAGAAAACAAGGGAUUGAAGAAUAUUCCAUGAAUGCUUAUACGAAUCAAGAAACCAUCAAAGUAUGGAGAGCUCAUCUCCAGGGCAGAAACACAAAUCAGGCCAAAAAAGAAAUAAUGUUUUGCCUUCUCUGCAUUUUGAUCAUUCAGAGGUUAAAUUGAUCUUAUCAAUUAAUGAAAAUUAUAUUUUUUUAAAAAAUGUUUUUCUUCAUAUCAUAGAAUAGCUAGUAUCCUGACCCUUUUUCUUCAUUAUUUUUGUCAAACUAUCCUAGUGAUUUUAAAGUGCAGAAUAUCUUCCACUGUGCUUUAUGACACUAUUUUUUAAAAAUGCUUUAUUCAGGAGCUCCAUAUGAAUUGAAAGGUGUGAUAAAAGAUGUUUUUUAGUAAUCCUUAAAGAUUUCACCUUGAAAAUGAGAUUGAUCUUUGUUUCCUGUCUCCUGAAAGAGCUCAGAAAGGCAAAGAGAUCAAUGUAACAAUUUUAAUCACUAUUUUCCCUAGUCAUUUCUUAUAUUCUUAUUAUAAAUUGCCAUAUUUCUCUGAAUAUGGAAUGUAGCAUUUCCAAGAGUUACAGGUAGUCCUUGACUUAUAUUCAUUUAAUAACCAAAGUUACAGCAGCACUGAAAAAUGUUUUUCACAUGACUGUUGCAGCAUUCCCAUGGUCAUGUGAUCAGAAUUUGACACUUGGCAAC